UUCAUGAGAGGCACCCAGCCACCAGCCAAGGAUGUCGGAUAGCUCGGAUCAGCUGUCAUCACCGAACAGCGACUGCAACAGCCAAAUGGGCGUCGUGCAUCGCAACGCCACCGCGCAAUACAGCAGUACGUCGUCGAUGUCCGGCCUCGGGCUGACUCAUCAUCCUCAAAAUCUGACGCCGACGUCAAACGGCAGUCCGCAGUAUUCCCAGGAUCUUGUCACCUGUAACUCUGCCAGCGUAAACACCAACAUCGGGAACAUCAGCGGUCUCUCCCUUAGCAACGCUACCAAUAACUUUACCCCCGAGCAGAUAUCCUGCAUGUGCGAGGCGUUGUCGCAAAGCCAAGACAUCGAGAGACUGGCCAGAUUUCUUUGGUCCCUGCCGCCUGGAGAACUAUUGCGCGGAAAUGAGAGCGUGCUAAUGGCGCGUGCCGCCGUUGCCUUUCACCGUGGAGCUUAUCACGAACUUUACUCGAUUCUGGAGAGCCACCCUUUCUCGCCGCGUCGACACCCCGAGCUCCAGCAGAUGUGGUUCAAGUCGCAUUAUCGCGAAGCUGAGAAAAUCCGCGGCCGGCCAUUGGGCGCCGUGGACAAGUAUCGGCUACGCAAAAAGUAUCCGCUACCAAAGACAAUCUGGGACGGCGAAGAGACCGUGUACUGCUUCAAGGAGCGGUCGAGGAAUGCUUUAAAGGAGUGCUAUAUGAGGAAUCGAUAUCCCACGCCGGACGAGAAGAAGAAUCUCGCGAAGAAAACUGGACUGACGCUGACUCAGGUGUCCAAUUGGUUUAAGAAUCGCCGACAGCGAGAUCGCACGCCGCAAGCGAGAACGGAUAUGCUACCACUAAAUUGUCAAGGCACGACCAAUAGCACAAUUAGCAGCUCAGUGAGCAACGGUGGUAGCAUGCAAUCUUUGCAGAGUAUCGAUUCCGAUAGUCCGAAUCUCGCAAUGUCACCCCUCUCAACAAUGGGCAUGUCGCCGGUCACGAUGACUCCAUGUAGCCCGAUGGGCAUGAGUCCCAUGGGCCCUCAUCAUGGCUAUGCAACUCCUGUUACCCCAUCGCCUGUUCAUACCGCACAUCCCCAUAAUGGCGGAUUGAGUCCUAUGAACGACGUUAAGACCUUGUGUUAUGGACGCAGUGUGUACGACACAGGUAAAGACGUGGAGCAAAGCUCGGUUUAUUACUCCAGCCAUUCCAGUAUGCACCAUCAGUAUUAUCAGCAGACCCAUCAUCAGAUGAUGUCUAGCUCCCAUCAUCAUCAUCAUCAUCAACAGAGCGUGCCGGCAGGUUACGAGAUCAUGCUACCGCCACCUUCUAUGUGACUAACAGAUUAUGAUGAUGAUCGAAGUAAUCAAGGUCUUCAUGGUCAGAGCGAUGACAUGGUGACACGUAUACACGCCUUCGCCUGAUCUCUACGCUUCUUCUUUCGUUUCGGUUCCAAUCGCAUGCAAUAAAAAAAGACGUGUGGAUGCUGACAAAACAAUUAUUUUAUUAAGCAGAUGAUAUAAUAUCGUUUCGAAUUCCCUGCCCAAAAAAUGUUUACUUAAAAAAGUGUAUACUGAAACUUUUUACACGCGUUAUAUGCAAAUUAUAAUUUUUUAAUGUCACGUUCAAACAAAUAUAAGUUUCUAUAAUUUUAUAAUUUAAAGAAUUUAUAAGAGAUAUGAGACGCUGAUAUUGCAUCGAUUUAAAAAAUGGGAAGGUAUCCUGGGAGAAGUAGAAUUGGUAUCGAAUAGAUUCGAUGUUGAAAUCAAAUUGAUAUCAUUUCUAUGUCGAUUCGGUACAUCAUUUCUCACAUAGAUAUACUGAGUUUUUCAAAUAAUUUACACACACACACACACAUACAUACAUAUAUAUAUAUAUAUAUAUAUAUAUAUAUAUAUACAUAUACAUGUAUAUAUGUAUAAGCAAUGAAACAAGAUGAA